CUUGUUCAAAGAGUGAUCUAUUUAUGUUUCAUCAUAGCAUUCAGAAAAGUUAAAGAGAUGUCUGGAUUUUCAACAGAUCAGGUGUUCAAGUCUCGUGAAGAGUUGAUGGAAUGGGUUAGAAACACUGGACGUAGUCUUGGUUACGCUAUUGUGACUAAAAGAUCGAAAGCUAAAAAUGGCUACGUGUCUAAAGUUGUACUUAUGUGUGAUCGUGGUGGUGUGUAUAAAUCAGAUAAAGAUUCAAGUAGAGAGACCGGCACUAGAAAGAUAAAAUGCCCGUUUGAAAUGGUAGCGAAAUUUUCAAAAAAGAAUGGUUCUUGGACGUUAAAAGUAAAACCUGGUGAGCAUAAUCAUCCACCCGGAGAAUAUAUGGAGGGACACGCAUCUAAUUCCAAAAAUAUUCCAUGCGUAUGUUACACGCAUACAUGA